AUGGCGACGCUGAUGCUGGAUGACGAGGAGUUCAAGUCACUGGAGCAGAUCCUCAGCCGUCUGGCCCAAGUAACUAGCAGCAUACAGAGUCUGCGAACUGACAUACUCAAGAGCAAUCCCCUACCAACGACGUACGUGCAGAGCCGCCUCCCUCAUCCUCCACAGACCAGCCCCCUCCCCGACCCAGGGAAAAAAAGGCCGCGGCAAUCGUCGUCGACUAACUCGUGUCGCUCCACCAACAGAUCGUCCCUCCAAGCCUCGGCGCAAAUCAUCCAACGAAAUCUCCAGGGCCUCCUCGACAGCCUCAACGACAAUGCCAUCCUCCUAAACCGCAUGGUCAUCCACCCGUCCCCCAGCUUCCCCGGUCGCACGCAAGAAGGUGUUCUAGGCCAACUCCUACGAAAGAAGCUCGAGCCAGACGUGGAGGAGCUCGUUGCCCGAGGGAGGGAGAUGGGGCGGGAGGCCAUGGCUACGCCCGAGGGGCUGGCGCGCAUGAGCGACGUGUGGGGCGACGUGCGUGACUGGGUUCAGCGCCGUAUAGCCCAGUACGUGGGUGAGGAGGCCGAGGAUGUGUAUACCAAGGAGGAGAGGGAGAUGGGUGUGGAGAAUGUACGGACGGGGCUGAAGCGGAAUCUUGAAGACGACGAGGAUGACGACGAUGACGAUGACGACGACGAAGACGGUGAUAGCGGUGCUGGGGGAGGAAAUAAGCAGCAGCAGCAGCAGCAGCAGCAGCAGCAAGCGAUACGGGGUCCCGAACCGGAAACCCUCUUGUGGUUCGCGACGAGGGGUGAUUUCGGAGUAUUGCCGAAUAUCAAGUUUGAGCGCAAGGAGAACGUCUACAGAGGUCUGCAGGGUAUCAAUGUCCCCGCGCAGGACGAGGCUAUGCACAGUGUGUCGCAGCAGCAGCAGCAGCAGCAGCAGCAGCAGCCGUAG